CUGAAAGCAGAACAGACAGGCUGUGCCAUGGAGGUCCUUCAAAAUUUUCUGCUGAUGUUCUGGGAAGUAUGUGGCUGUAUCGUUCGAUCAGCAAUGCGAUGGGUGGUCAGACCCAAACAAAAAGACGUCUCAGGUGCCAUCUGCCUGGUGACCGGAGCUGCCGGUAAUGUUGGGAGACGUUUUGCCCUGGAAUUUGCCAGGAAAGGGGUACUUGCACUCGUACUGUGGGAUGAGGACAGAGAAGGGAUGGAGGAAACGGUGCGCCUGGUGAAGGGUCUGGGGGUCCGCGCUUACCCCUACACCUGUGACGUGAGCCAGAAGAAUGAAGUCUACGCUACGGCCCGCAGAGUGCAGCGAGAGGUGGGAGACGUCGCCAUCUUAGUUAACAAUGCCAGCAUUGUACCCGGGGAGCAAUUCUUCCAAUGUGAGGAUGACGUUAUUGAGAGGAGGAUGAGGAUGAACUGCCACGCUCAUUUCUGGAUGGUGAAGUGUUUCCUUCCCCGGAUGAUGGAGAAGAAGAAGGGGCACAUUGUCACCGUGUCCAGCCAUCUGGGACUUGUGGCAGCGCCAUACCAGGAGGAUUUCUGUGCCAGUCAGUUUGCCGCAGUCGGCCUCCAUGAAUCGCUCAGCCAUGCUCUGAAAUCCAAGAACAUUGAUGGAGUGAAGACAACCCUGAUCUGCCCAUAUCUCACCACCCACACAUCUACGGACACCCCCUCAAUCAGACCGGAAUUAGAAGCUUUUUUUUCAUCGACAUCUCAGGAGAGAGAUAUCAGGAAGGCUGUCGGAGGGAUUCUCAGUGAACAGGACAUGGUCUGCACUCCCAGAAUCCUCUAUUUUGCUGCUCUUCUUAAACAUGUUGUGCCCUGGGAGGUGCAGCUCCUCUGCUACAAGUUUCUAGAAGGAGAAAAAAGGACACAGUGACUCCAUCAAUACCUUUUCCAGAUGUUUCCACCCAAGCUUACCCGUUACUCAAAAUAUGAAUUUUAUCCUCUAUUACGAUAUCCACGAAUACAUCUUAUUUUAUAUUUUGUAGACACUGAAAAGCAGAUUAUGUGCCCUUUUCUGUACCAUGAACAUUUAAUAAAAGAUGU